AUGGCAGGCGGCGGCAAGUCCAUCAAGCACACGGCGGGCAAGCAGGCCCAGCGAGCGACAAAGAAGGUGACCAAGCAGGCAGCCAAGACCAGUCGCAAGGUCACGAGCGUCGCGAAGCCGAAGCGGCUCAAGGCGUACGUCCAGCGCGCGCUCAAAGCCAAAGAGCCGAAGCUCGUGGAGAACACUAAGAACUUGCUGGUGCUGCGUGGCAAAAAGACGAACGAGGACGUGAACGAGCUGCUGCGCAACCUGCGCAUGCUCAAGGCGCCGGACGCGAAGUUCAUGGGCAAGAAGAACGACAUCCACGUGUUUGACGACGAGAACAAGGUCGAGUUCCUCACGCAGAAGAACGACGCGAGUCUCUUUCUUGUCGGCAGCAGCACGAAGAAACGGCCGAACAAUUUGGUGCUGGGCCGCACGUUUGACGGUCACAUUCUCGACGUGGUCGAGCUCGGCUUUUGCAACUUUAAGCCUAUUCGUGCGUUCAAGUGCAAGAGCAAGAAGGCCCCUGGGUCGAAGCCCAACUUUGUGUUCACGGGCGACCAGUGGGAGAGCGUGGAGGCGUUCGCGAAGCUCAAGAACAUGUUGCUGGACACCUUUCGCGGCACGAUCGUGCGCAGCGUGAACGUGAAAGGGCUGGACCAUGUCAUCGUGUGCACGGCUUGGAAGGAGACGGUGCUGUUCCGCUCGUACUCGAUUGACUUCAAAAAGGGCGACGAGUCGCAUCCGCGCGUCGAGUUGGACGAGAUGGGUCCGCGCUUUGACCUGCAGUUCCGCCGCACCAAGUUUGCAUCGGCUGAUGCAAUGAAGGCGGCCACGAAGAAACCCAAGGGCUUGGCUCCCAAGAAGAGGAAGAACAUCUCGCGCGACGAGCUGACGGGCGACAAGCUAGGACGCAUUCACAUGGACCACCAAGAUGUGUACUCGAUGCAGAGCCGCAGGGUGAAGGCGUUACGCAAAACACCUGCCGACCUCAAGAGCGGCAAGGAUGCAGGAGACGGCGAGGGAGAGGAGACGGAAGCCUAA